AUGAUCAGGGAGAACCGAGCUAGAAAGAAUAGAAGUUCCGGCCAAUUGAGUUGGGAAGUGUUGUCUUUGAGUUUGUAUGGGAGAUGCUUCUCAUUUUGUCUCAGAGAAGAUCUGCUUUACCUUAGACUUUCUCAGCGAAGUAUGAAGGUUUUUGAUAUAUUAUGGAAAUCCAUAAGGGAAGUAUUGGCACUCAGGGAUUUGAUCGAGGGUGUCCCUGAUCAGAUUCUAGACAAGGAAUAA